UGCGCCCUGCCGACUCGACAACUCCGCCUGCUGCCCACCCGUAGAAUUUGGCUUGAUCCUUGUCGUCAAUCGCUUUGUGUGCUCGGGGAGCCCUCCGCCAGCAGCCCACGCCCUGCGCUAGGUGUCAUGGAGAUAUCCAAUCCCACUCGACUGUCGCCCUUGUUCGCACCCCUCGACCUGGGCCGGGCCGUCGCCUGAGCCCGUCGUUCAUUCCCAAGCGCCUGUCCUCUCGCCUGCCACCACGCCGCCAUCGCUGCAAGCUCUCCAACCCUCGCCGCCGCCCCCAUCUCAACCGACGGCCGACACCCCUCCACAUAAUGAACGCCCGCGACCCCUGGAGCGCGAGGCAGCACCCCUCCGAGCGCCUGGUUCGCGGCUACCGCUCCCGCGCCGCCGCCCAUGACAGCAGCUCCACCUUCGACCGUCUGUACGAGCCCAGCGUCCUCGUCCCGCUCCUCGUCCUCGUCGCUACCGCCCUCUUCAGCUGGGGCCCGAACCCCCACCACAUCCUCCCCGGCCUGGUCCGGUGCGUCUGGGACGCCGUCGUCGCCCUCGUCCCCGCCCGCCUCCUCUUCGCCAUCGACGGCUGGCUGAACCCGCCGCUCUUCCCCCGCGACCCCAAGAAAGCCCCCGCGCCCAUGCAGCCCGCCAUCUAUGCGGCCAAGAGCGAGGCCCUGCGGAGGAUCCUGGGGUUGGAUGCCGGCAUCCCCGGCGGCAUCAUGGCCUCGGUGUCCCAGGCCGGCCGCCGCCCCGGGGCCUCUUUCGGCUUCGCCAAGUCCGACUGCGCGCGGCCUGCCGGGCUGGGGAACAUCAGCAACUCGUGCUACCAGAACAGCAUCCUCCAGGGCCUCGCGUCGCUGAAGCCCCUGCCGGGGUACUUGGGCGCGCCGGCGACCGUCGCGGAGGCCAAGGGGGAUGCUGGCAGCGGCAUCAAUGCAAAGACGGCGGGCACCCUGCUGGAGCUGAUAUCGGACCUCAACGCCCCCGGGAACAAUGGGAGCACGCUCUGGACACCGGCCGUGCUCAAGAACAUGAGCACGUGGCAGCAGCAGGAUGCGCAGGAGUACUUUUCGAAGCUGCUGGACGAGGUCGACAGCGAGGUUGCCAAGGCCGCCCGACUGCUUCGAGGGAACAGUUGUGGACUGGGAGACGCUCUAGGAGACGCCCUAGGAGACUGCGCUGCGACAGUUUCCCCACCAUCAUCACCGACCGCCACAGUAUCCUCACCCACCACCACUACAACAACAACAGCAGCAGCAGCAACGCCGACCACCACGGCCACGUCGCAGCCCUCGGACGACGGUUUCAGUCCCAACUUGGGUAGCCAGCACAGCGACGACAGCGGCUACCAGAGCCUGCCUACCCUGCGCAAGCCCGGGGGUGAUGAGUCGGGCCCGUGCCCGGGUCGCGGCCCUGCCGCGGCGCUGCGCAAUCCGCUCGAGGGCCUGACAGCGCAGCGUGUGGCCUGCGUGGCCUGCGGCUGGUCUGAGGGCUUGUCCAUGAUCCCCUUUAACUGCAUCACGCUCAGCCUGGGGAUGGAUCGUCGCGAGCACGACCUCUACGAGCGGUUGGACGCAUACACGCGCGUCGAGAGGAUCCCCGGCGUCGAGUGCGGCAGGUGCACGCUCCUCGAGGCCCGGCGGCUCAUGGACAUGGUGAUAAAGCGCAUAGGCGUAGACAAGGCGCCACCGACCGUCGUCGAGCGCGCCGCCGCCAUCGAGCAGGCGCUGGAGGAGGACGACUUUGAGGAGGAGACCAUCUCGCGACGCUGCCAGAUCAGCAAGAAGAUCGGUUCGACCAAAACCAAGCAGGCCGUGGUUGCGCGCGGUCCGCAGAGCCUCGUCAUACACAUGAACCGCUCUGUGUUCGACGAGAAUACGGGACAGAUGUUCAAGAACCUGGCUUCUGUCCGUUUCCCCAUGCUCCUGGACCUUGGGCCUUGGUGCCUGGGUAGUGCCGGUAAACCCCCGCCCAGAGUCGCCUCACCCGCGGGGAAGGAAGAGCAGGACCUUGAGAAGAUCGAGAAGCUCCCACCGCCUAUAGACGAUGAGCAUGGCGAGGAUGAGGAGGAGGAACAGUGGCUUCUCGACCCGACGAUAUCCAUGGUCGCUGGGCCUAAUAAGUCCAAAAUAACAGGGCCAAUCUACGAGCUCAGAGCCGUCGUGACCCAUCAGGGGCGUCACGAGAACGGUCACUAUAUUUGUUACAGGAAACACCCCCGCCCAGGAAAGCUACACUCAGGCGGUUCGGACGAAAAGAAGGUGGCAGCACCCCCAAACCUAGCACCCGACGGCCAUGUCCAUAGCGGCGACAAAGCGGUGGUCUCGACCGAAGAGGAUGCCUCAGCCCAGCCGGCAUCUCAGAAUCCGUCCAGCGACCCUGAGGAGGCAGAAGAAGAUGCGGACUGGUGGCGGCUGAGCGACCAAAACGUCACCAAGGUUUCAGAGGAAGUUGUCCUAUCGCAGGGCGGCGUCUUCAUGCUCUUUUACGACUGCGUCGACCCCGUGCCCGUCUUGACCUCGGAGGCCAACGACUCGCCGAUCAGCGUCUCGGUCGGGGACGGAGAGGGUGAAAAUGAUGCGGACGAUGACGAGGCGAGCAGCCAAAAAGCCGCUAGAGAUGAUGGCGCGGAUCCGACCCCACCUCCCCUCUCCCCGGCCCCGCGCGACGGCGCCGCCGACGUGGAGGCGCUAGCGGAGGCGCAGGGCGUGCCGCUGCCGCCGGGUGAAUGA